AUGUCAAGAAUCCCAUUUUCCUUCGAGAAUCUGACAUUUUUCUCGGUGAAAUCUCUCAAAUCGGAGAAAGCUUUCAAUCCCGGGAAACAAAUUUUAAAAACCGCCAUGGAUGAGACCUAUUCUGAUCUAAUGCAUUUCCUGAAGAAACCUUCUUUUGCAGAGACAUUCGUCGACAUCAUACUAUGUGCAGUACCGAUUUGGCUCGCCGUAAUGAUCGGUCUAUUGAUCGGAUGGUCUUGGCGUCCGAGAUGGACCGGAUUGAUCUAUCUAGGGUUCCGUUCCAAGCUCCGGUUUCUAUGGACUGCGCCGCCUGGAUUUGGCGCUAGACGGCUUUGGCUUGCUUUCACAGCUCUCUCUGCUUUCUCCGUUUGCCGCACCAUCUGGUCAAGGCUCGACAAAUCGGCGGCUGGUUCUUCAGCUUCGUCUCAGACGCCUGAGCUCGUAGAAGAGAGUCUUCAAAGCGACGACACAGGGUUAGUCUCAAGUUAUGUGUUCAAAAACGUAACCGUUAGCUGGAAAAGGCUUGGCGCCAUGAGCCUGAGUCGAACUGUAUUUGAAGAUGCAACUCCGGAUAUCGUAAGGGAUUUCUUCUGGGAUGAUGAGUUUCGACCUAAAUGGGAUUUUAUGCUUGCCAACUUCAAAACUCUGGAGGAAGACACUCAGACAGGAACAAUGAUUGUUCAGUGGAGAAAAAAGUUUCCCUUUUUCUGUAGUGAUCGUGAGUAUAUCAUUGGCCGGAGAAUAUGGGAGUCUGGAAACAAGUACUAUUGUGUUACAAAGGGGAUCCCUUAUCCAGCUCUACCAAAGCGUGAUAAGCCGAGGCGUGUCGAGGUUUAUUUCUCAAGUUGGGUUAUCAGAGCAGUUGAAUCUCGGAAAGGAGACGGACAACAGACGGCUUGUGAAGUAUCCUUAGUACAUUACGAAGACAUGGGGAUCCCAAAAGACGUAGCAAAGCUAGGAGUUCGUCAUGGUAUGUGGGGAGCAGUCAAAAAGCUGAACUCCGGUUUACGAGCCUACCAAGCCGCUAGAAAACCACCUGGCUCGAGUCUAUCCCGGAUCGCUCAAAUGGCGAGGAUCACCACGAGACUGAACUUGGACUCUACAGAGACAUCCACAGAAGAUGAAGACAGAAGCAGAGCAAUGGACUAUGCAAGGAGACAACGGGACAAUUUGAGAAUGGACUGGAAAUGGUUCGUUGUAGGAGGUGUCGCAUUGGCUUGUGGCAUUCACACAGGGAUCAUUGGUAAGGCCUUACUUGCUGGAGCUGGCCAGAGACUUGCUCGCCGAUGA